AUGCCUCGAUAUAAUCAACCAUCAUCUAUCACUAUUUCGGAGCCCAUUCUUGAUGCCCUCCAAUCUCUGGAGUCUGGAGUCAUUUUAGGCGAAAAUAUACUGUUGCCCAAAGUCCACUGCACAUGUGGUUGUGGAUCCUCUUGUACCGAGUACAAUAGGCAUAGUGCACGAGGUGGUGAACCCCGUUGGCGGUGGAGAACGGUACCUCGACUAGCGUGGGCGCAGCUGAUGGAAUCCCAACACACCUCCCACAUAUUUCCCCCAAAAACAACUCCUGGUUUUGCAUAUCUGCUAGACUUGGUUUCUACAUUACCAAGGCUAGUAUAUCGCGCUCUACGGUUUCAUUGGGGAUGCCCAGAGCCAGCUCUUCGCCAGCGUGUUACCGGCCCGCGUGGUCGUUCCCCUCACUGA